AUGAAGCUGCGGCUCCAGCAGGUUCAGCAAGCUCAACAGGAAGAAAACCGAUCCAAGGGCAACACAGAGGGAGAGGGGAAUAGCCAACGGAGGGAAACCCCUCGGAGACCAACAACUCCGGACGAACAGAAUUCAGAUCUUCUUCGGGAAAUGAGGAAAGAGAUGGACGAACUAAGGAGCGCUAUCAAAGAAAAGACAGACCGGAGUGUGGACAAAAUGAUAAGGGCUACAGAUUCGCCCUUCACUGCAGCGGUACUGGAUUGCCCUGUGCCGUCAAAGUUUUGCCUACCUCGAUUAGAACCAUUUGACGGACUGAAAGACCCUCAGGAUCAUCUUAAUACCUUUAAGACGACUCUGGGUCUUCAGCAACCACCUGACGAAAUAUUGUGUCGUUCUUUCCCUACGACCCUCAAAGGAGCAGCAAGAGAGUGGUUUACAAAAUUGCCAAACUCGUCCAUAGACAACUUCGAUCAGCUGAGUAGUACUUUCUUACGCCACUUCAUAGGGGGACAACGCCCAAGGAGACCAGUAGAUUACUUACUCACCAUAAGACAGGGAGAGAAGGAGACCCUGAGGUCAUAUGUCAAGCGAUUCACCCGAGAAACUCUGGAAGUGGACGAAGCUGAUGACAAGGUGCAGCUGACGACCUUUAAAGCAGGAUUGAGAUCCAGAGACCUUGUGGCCUCUCUUGCCAAAAACCCCCCGAAGACAAUAGCCGAGAUGCUCCUGAAGGCACAAAAGUACAUGAACGCGGAAGAUGCUCUAGCUGCCAUAAAAGGUACUGAGAGGCCAGGAGACAAGUCUAAAGGGGAAGACGACCGCAGAGGGCAAAAAAGAGAUCGACCAGAACGUCGGAACAAUGACGGGAAUAGAAGGAGAGACGACAAAAAUCCUCGUCAGAACAAGUAUUGCCGGUUCCAUAGAGACCACGGCCACAACACAGAAGAUUGCAGAGACCUGAGGGAACAAAUAGAGGAAUUAAUACGGAAAGGAAAGUUGCAAAAGUAUGUAAAGAAAGGAGAAUAUAGCAAGUUCAGAGACGACAACAGGACCCAACAUGAAUCCUUCACCCGGGACGACGACCAUACGUCCCAACCUCCACGCAAAGUGAUCGGGGAGAUAAACACGAUCACGGGAGGACCAUCCUCAGGAGGGUCAUUUAGAUCGCUUAGAAAAGCAUACCACAGACAGGUGAACAGCGUCCACACCAUGCCUCCGUCCAAGUACCGACGAACAUACCAAGACAUGUCCUUUAAUGAAGAAGACGCCAGGGGAGUGAAGCAACCUCACAACGAUCCCCUGGUCAUAGUGCUGAAUAUAGAAGGGUUCAAUACCAGAAGGAUCCUUGUUGAUAACGGGAGCUCAGCGGAUAUUAUCUACCUCCCAGCCUUCCAGCAGUUGAAGUUAGAUCCAAAAAAGCUCCGUCCUUUCGACUCUCCGCUUGUCAGUUUCAGUGGAGACAGGGUUUACCCCAGGGGUAUAGUAACUCUGACGGUGACAGCAGGGACCUAUCCAUUGCAGCUGACCAAACAAGUAGACUUCCUGGUUGUAGAUUGCCCCUCGUCCUACAAUAUCAUCAUUGGGAGGCCUACCCUAAACAAGUGGAAGGCGGCAACGUCAACCUACUGUCUAAAGGUGAAAUUCCCAACAGACGAUGGUGUGGGUGAAGUGAAGGGUGAUCAAGUCCUGGCAAGGGAGUGCUACCAGGCUGUACUGGCAAGAAAGGAGAACCACACGUGGACGAUAGAAGAAAAAGAGGAAGACGGGAUGGAGAUCCUGGAAGCAGUGGAAUUGGUAGAAGGAAAUGCAGACAAGACAACCAGGAUAGGGACGACUUUAAGCCCUGAGAUGAGAGCGAGACUCAUAAAGUUCCUUAAAGGGAAUCUAGAUGUCUUUGCAUGGAGUCACGAGGACAUGCCCGGCAUAUCUCCAGAAAUCAUCCAGCAUAGGCUGAAUGUGGACCCCAACAGGAAGCCCGUUCAGUAA